CGAAAAAAUGGACUUUGGUAACAAUUCAGGAAGCUUGGAGAAGGCAUAGAAGUGAUUUGAAGAUCAAUUAUUAUGACCCGUAUGACAAUGAUGAAGUUCGAAUGGCAAAAAAGCCCGGUCAUAUUCCAGAAUGUCAGUUUAGAGAGCUCCUCAAAUAUUGGAAGUCUGAGAAAUUCAAGAAAAUGUCUGAGACAAAUACUAAGAAUUGAAAAAAGCUGAUGAACCCACACACCGCUGGCAAAAAGAGUUUUGCUUUAGUGCAUAACAAAUUGGAAAAAGAAAAGGAAAUUGUAUCAGCUAAGGAGAUCUUUGUGGUCACAAGAACAAGGAAACCUGGGUGUUUGUACAAGACCUCGAAUAAAAACACAACUAGUAAAAUUGUUGAAAUGGAAGCGAUUGAAACACAAAUGGACACAAAUGAUCAAUCUGUUGAUGCAUUUUCAGCCGUCAUGGGUCCUGAACAUCUGGGACGUCUAAGACUAUAUGGAGUGGGGGUUACAAAGACUAUAUUGAAAAGAAAAGCUGGAAAUUCUGACCAUUUUUUAAAUGCCACAGAUGAUGUAGUGCAACAAAUGCAAGAAAGAAUGCAAAAAAUGGAGAAACAAAUGGAGGAACAAAAGAAAUUAAACUAUGCGACAAGAAGCUCUAACAGAUGUGAUGAAAUAGAAGGAGAUGACAGGAGUACUAAAGAAUUGACCUAG